AGAAAGUUCAGACAGCGACUUAAUCACACCAACUCAGGGAAUGUACAACGUAACAACAAACCUAGAGAGGAAGCCACCUGAUGGUAGAGAGUACCGACCAAACAGCUGUAUCGAAAUCGAAGGCGAUGACUUCAGAGUUUACGAUGAGGAUUUUGACAAGCGUAUAAGGGAGGUUACAGCUGAUGAUGAGGAUACUCUACAACAACUUGCAUCAGAAUUGGAAUCGGGAAGAAAUUCAGUGGAUGAUGAUGGUCUGAUUUCCAGGCUCAGCUUGCUAGAAGAUUUUCCCGAUGGUGACUACACAUCGUUAGAAGACCAGCUUGGUAUACAACAAGACGAUGGCUUAGGUUCGGGUCUCAGCACUCCAUGCGAUGAACUGAACAUUGAACAAGAAAUGGAUGAAGAAUCGAUGCAGGGAGACUUUGAGGAAGAACGGAUAGCAAGUGUCAUGGAGGUGAAAGCUCUUGAAUAACAAUUGUGUAAAUAUAGAUAAAUUUGAUAUGAAUGAUAAUCAUCUAAAAAAGUAUUAUAUUAUUAUAUAGAGAUCCAAAUAUUCAAAAUAACUGUCUGUUACAAGAUUUAGAAAAAAAACUUAAAAUAUCAUAUGUGAUGUGUUAACAUUAAUUUAGAGAAAAUGAAUAAUUUAUUUGUCAUUCAGUAGUGCUGCUAGCAGGGGGGGGGGGGG